AUGAGCUCUCAUACUGACGACGAGUGGACUGUUCUCAAUCCCACUGCUUCACCUCAAACCAAUAUGGAGACCGUCACUCACGAAGUCCCAAACACGGCCGAAGCGCCGAUUCGUGAAUACACCAUUAACACCAAGACCACUGUCAAUGACAAGAAGCACGAAGAUGACUGCACUUGCGACACGAAACCAACGCUCCUGCGUAAAGACAGCAUCGAGUCCAUCGACGAAGAAUACCGACGCCCCCGGCGCGUGCCCCCUCCUCCUCACCGUCGCUACACGCCAUCACCCCACCGAUACUAUCCACCUACCAAUCCUUUCGCACCCCAAAGCUUUUCAAUCAACUCAUCAACUGAAUUGCUCGCAAAGGUUGGCAAAGAAGAUGGCCUGACCGAGUUCCCGCCCCCGGCUAUCCGCAACAUAUACCUCACAACCUACCCCUUCGGCGAUAAAGACGUCAAGAAGUGGUCAUGGCUGUUUGCCGCCGGCGUUGAAGAUGAAUACGUUGCGCAGAACGUUCGCGACAUGAACAAUAGUGAUGUGCCUAGCAUUGAGCGUGUCCGUCAACGCCGCGGCGAGUUCCCUAUCUACGACCCGGGAAACAUCGAUAUCCCUUCCGUCUACCUCUCACGUGCCCUUGACACAGAGGUGGUGCCUGAGGAUAGUAAGCACAACCUACGUUAUCUUAUCGUUACACAGAAUCGUCAUCGACCAGCCGGAUGUAAGCUGCUUGUCGCGGAGUCCAGGAAGGCAGCUGGUAUUCUGAUCUACUACGAUAUCCUGAAGGGAGAUUCGAUCUUGUUCGUAGGUGCUACGGUGCACCAGUGCAAGACUGUGCAUCCAAAGAAGUACAAGAAGGUGAACAGUCUCGAGGAGGCGGUUAGUCUCCAGAAUGAGGGAUUCGUGGGCGUUGUCUGCUGA